UGUGACUAAAUACGGAAAUACGUGUGAAUAGUUUUGUCCACACUGACAGCUAUACAUUUAAUAAAAAUGGUGAUAUGUUUCUUAAUCCAUACGGUGUGUCCGUUGAGCGCGCUGUCUGCUGGCGAGAGCCGCAUACUUUACUCGCGCUCAUUCGGACCGGAAACCGGAGAUGGUCGUGACUUUACAUCUGAACAGAGACGACUGAUGCAGAAAGAGAAACUUCACAUUGUAGCCAGGCAGGUGCGGAGUGCUGUGGCUCUGAGUAGGGAAGCCUCAGGCAAUCCGUGUGUAGAGGCUGUGCUGGGUGAAGAGGCCGUAGCACUGGGUGAAGCUGAGUGUGGUGUGUUUUCAUUAUGCAAUGCGGAGCUGUUUCCAGAUCGAAGUGUUGUGCUGUGGCUGGGUGUGCAGUCUCUAGCAUUCACUCUGGUCUGCAGACCACACGAAAAUCAUCUGCUCGCUGAGGGAACGCUUCGCAGCAUCGCACGCCACUGUCUGGAGGAACUACGUCUGCUGGGACCUGGUAGUGAGGUGUUGCUGAAGAGUGAUCGAGUAGAUGCAAUGUUGCACAGACUCCUUCCUCAUGGUCAACUCCUCUUCCUCAACCACCGUUUUGUCUUCAGCCUGGAUAAAGAGAGAGCAAGCUACGUGAGCAAAUGAAAGUGUGUAAAGGUGUAUUUACAUUGCCACAUUUUGAGAGUAAUGUAUGGCUUAUGCCCUGGAUGUUCUGAUAUAAAAGAUCAGACAGACCACUUCUGCUUAGAAAAUAUGAUGCACUUGUGCUGCCCAUAGGAGUAUGAGCAGAAGAGAACAGUCUCGACGUGGAUUGCUUGUUUGGUCUUAUAAGGAUACCAGUGGGCACAUGUUUGAAAACUUUGUAGUUUGACUUCAAAUGAAAAACGAUUCAUUCUACAUCAGAAAUAAGCGGUGUUGUCAUAUCAUUUAUAGAGAUUCUCUAUUUUAUUGCAUAUGUGACAUCAUUGUUGUCUUGGGUUAACAGUGCAAUAUCUUCAAAAGGCCAUAGCUGGUCAUUUGAUGACUUUUUAUUAAACGUAACUGUUUAUUAAAUGUUCUUGUAAAUUUAGGGCUGAAUUAAUUUGAUAACACCACAUCACAUAUUGAUGUUUAAAUGAAAUCAUUAUGGUUCUAUAUCUAGCUCUGCACUAGAGGGCAGUGUUGCAUUACUGUCAAAUGCAUAGCAAUUAGAAUAAUCCUUUAACACUUUCAUCUAAAAUAAUUCAACAGAUCACAGCAGGGUGUCUGCCAACAGAUCUGAGAUAACUGAUUGACAGGUCUGUAAAGACUUCAUAACUAGGCCAACAGAGCAACCACGCAAUUUCAGAAAAUCCAUUUUUAGCGUUUGUUUUCUCUGAUUCAACAAUGAUGAGUUCUCUCUGUCACAGUGCUGCACUUUAAAUAAAGGGAGAGUGAGGAUGUUUAAGUCCACUUAUAGUGAGUGUGAGGCCAGUCUGAACUCAUAAGUAUUGUGGUUCAGUAGUGUUUGUCGUGUCAUUUGUCUUACAGAUGGUAGGAUGGUUUGCGUUCUGUAUGCGUGAAACAGGACAAGAGCCCCGUUAUUGGUUAUGUACUCCAAAACUAUGAAGUAUUUUUAUUGUGACACUCUGAUCUACAACACAUUAAUGACAUUGAAACGUAUGCAUUAUAACAAAUGUUCAUCUUCAGAAUUAAAUAUGAUCAAAUGACUUUUAAUUGGAUAAAUUAAAAAGAUAUAAAAGUGUAAAAAAUGCUAUUUUUACUAAUAAAAUUUAAUAUCCCUUAUGCUAAAUAUAUUUUUAGCCGGGGGGGGGGUAUUGUGGUAACCAGGUAUAUUUUGGUUUUCUUAUACGAUUUUGACUCAACAUUUUGAUAGUACUGUAUUUGAAGAUACUGACGCUGGCACGCUGCAUUCUUAAUGCACAAAUAAAAGUUGCUACUUGACUGCCAACAACAAACCUAAUUUGGUUAAUAAACUGUAUUACUUGGUGGAAUAAUUAUUUCUACAGAUAGGGAGACUGUGCAUUACAGUGAUUUUACCACUGUGUCUGGGAAUUUAUCUUAUCCUGAAUAAAAUAACUGCAAUUCAUGACCUCUUGUGGUUUAUUGCUUAAAAAACUAUUUUCCUCCCUGUCUCUGACCUUUAGAUUUAUAGUAAACUCUUGCUGGUGUGCUUUUUAAGACUUUGUAGACAUUUCUUUUGCAUAUAAAAUGAGAAGCAGUUAUUUGUAAAAAUAAACAAUACAUGUUAAUAACAUGUUUAUAACAACAAUACAAAUUAUUCAUGCAAGUUUUGUUAUGUUUUGUAAGAAAUGUGGAAAAUGUAAAUGUUCAGAUGUAACUUUUUUUGUGAAUUUUACUGUAAAAGCCCAUGAAACUGUAUUUUAAUCAAACAGACCAUUUGACAGAUCUUCAACUGCAUGACGGAGGGGACUUUGCCUCCUCAUGUCAAAAGCCCACCACUUAUUAUUGAAAUUUCUAAAGCGGAGGUUGCUGUGUUUAGUGUUCUUAACAGGGGAGUCAUAAUUUAACGGGAAGAUUUUGAUACCCACACCAGAUAUAAAUUAACCUGAUCACACCAUGUUGGAUCUUUUAUCAAAUAACGCUGUAUUGGAGACAUCUGGAUGCUUCAGUGUGACUGGUUCUGGUAUGUCAUGUAGCUAUACAGCUGCUGUGUUGUUAAACGUGCCUUUAUUUAUAGAGCUACAAUGCUGACUUGGCCAAACAUACACUUAAAUACAUACAAAAUACUUUUAAAUAGUGUGUAUUUCCUACGUCAUCCAAUGUGAAUACGUAUGUUUGAAUACAGCGCAACUGUAAUAUUAAACUUAAACUUCGUUUGAUAUUAUAAUAAAUUAUUAUAAUGUCACUUAGCCCUGGAUGUAUGCUUCAUGUGUUAAUAGUGUUGUACUAUGCAAUAACAAUAAAGUAAAUAACGAAGUAAACAAUAUGUUGU